UGUAUGGAUCGUAUGUAACUAUAGGCGAUAUUUGUUGCAAAAAUAAGUUAAAGUUAUGCAAGGUUUGCUUCGUAAGAUGACAAUCCUUGACUUUCUCUUUUCCCUUUAUGGUCUCUGUUUUGUAUUGUUGUCAUGUGAAGGAGUGAUCCUUUUGCCACCUGGUGGAGCUGACUUAACAUUUCUACCCGGACAUGAUGCAAAAAUACAAUGGUCAGUUACCGGUGCUCUUACUUCUCUCAGUACUCGGUCUUGGCAUUUGAAACACAGUGGAGGUGAAACUCCUACACUUCUCGCACGAAUUUUUGGUGCUGGUUCAACGCCAGAUUUUCUCAUAUCUGGGUUUGCAGUAGAAGGAAAAGCAACGUUAGUGAUAAAAAACUUUAAUGAAAGCAGAAAUGGGGAAUAUCGAUUCACCUUUUCCGGUCUGGACCCAUCUGAUGUCAAGGUUUCUGUUAAGAAGAAGCCAAAUGUUAUCUUGGACUGUUUCAGUCGCGUGUUGCUAACAAUGGGAGAAGAUUUCACGUGUUUAUGCAGAGGUGAAAAUGGCAAUCCUGCGCCUGAUGUGAUUUGGAUUAAAGAUGGAAAAGAAAUUGGUGAUAGAAGAAAAUAUAAUAAAACAUUAGCAAUAAAAACUAACGACUGGCAGAAUCGUGGAACAUACACAUGUAAAGCAGAAAGCUAUCCUGACUUAGCUUUUAGAGAUGAAAAGUCCAUUGAAGUAAUAAUAAAUUACAAACCAGCCAACAUAAAAAUUGAGCUUUUGCCCAAUCCAGCUGUGAUUGAUGGCUCAGUUACCAUAAAGUGUUCAUCUGAAGGUUUUCCUGAACCAAACUACAUCAUAACUCACAAUGACUGCAAACUAGUCACCACUAAGAAAGAGAUUACCUUACAAAAUGUGCAGUGGAAAGACAUUGGGACGUAUAAAUGUUUGGCGAAUAAUAGUCUGGGGAGUGACUCAAAAUCCGAAUUUUUAGAGGUGAAAGAUAAAAUGGAACAAGGACCUACAACACCAGCGAAUUCAUCAGGAAGUACAGGAUCCACAGAAGCUGACAUAAGAGACAAAACAUGUUCAAAUGAUUCCAGCUGCAGUGGAAUUACCGAAUGGCACAUCGUUGGGACUAUGAUGGCUGGAAUCGCUAUUGGAAUAAUUCUUUCCUAUAUUGCCAUAUUUUCUCGUCGUAAAUUACGAAAUCGAGAACCCCAACCAAACCCUGAACUUUCAACAUGUCAUGUUGACUUGACUUAUCAAGAACUGGAUCUUAAAAAAAUGAAUAAAGAAGACAAUUACGAAUCAUUGAGAGUAAAUGCUGCAAGAAAUGGAGAUGACUCAACUUAUACAGAGUUAAGCAAAACCAGAGAUGUCGAGAGCAAUUAUCAAUCUUUAAAAUGAUCAAUUUGAAAUUUUAGUAUCAUUAUUGUGAAGUUAUAU